UACAUAUAUAUGUAUUUCAAAAAAUUUGGAAUUUGGAGUUAAGUCAUAUUACACUCUGAAGGUGGCAGGACGGUUAUAAUUCAAAUUGUAGUCUGUAGAAAUUAAAUAAAUUUGUAAUGUUCAAAUUCAAACAAAAUGUUUUAUUUAUUGUUAAAUUAAUAUUUAUUUGUGUUCUUUGAUAUAUAUGAAUGUUAUUUACAUCGUGUUAUCUUGCUACUAUAAUUGUCGUAUUGUGUUACUGAAGAAGUACUGAAUUUAACCUUAGUUUUUCAGCAGUGAAAACACUUGUUUUAUUUAUUUUUUCUAAUUGUUAUUUAAUAUUGUAAAAUCGUAUAUUAUUGAGAAGAGUAUACAUUAAGUAAUGGAAACAAUGGAAUUAGAUAGUUCGUCCGAAGAUGAUGAUGUAUAUUUAAACUGUGUAGCAAAAUUGAAGGCUUUGAAGAAGCAGCAAACUUUACAUAUACCAAAUAGGAAAGAUGAAGAGGAAGCAGAAAAAGAAAAAGAAGUCUUGAAGAUUCAAGUACCAGAAGAAAAUGUAGUGGUACAAAGUACGGACAGAAGAUUAAGGAGUAGAAGAAGAGGUCGUAAUAGUGGCAAAGCACAGCACCGAAAAGAAAUUCCAUCAAAUCAAGAUGAAGAUUCAGAUUUAGAAAUUGUUUCUGUUGAAGAAAAACCAAAUUCGUCAGUAAAUGACAUAUUAUUAGAUGACAAUUGUGUAGAUGAAAUUUUAUAUGUUGAUGGUGAUGAUGAGGAGGACUAUGAUUUGACUAUAAAAAUUCUAUGGCGGUCGAAAGAUAUGCAUCGCUUAACCAUUCGUAACAACGAAAAUUUUCGAAAAAUUUUUGAGUAUUUUGCUGAUCUAGAAAAGGUACCAAUAGAUGAGAUUUUAAUAACAAAAAAGGAAAAAACUAUUAAAAAAAAUGAUACUCCAACUUCCAUAAACUUAUCUGUGAUAGACAUACUCGAAGGAGGUAUUAUUAAGAAAGACGGGACUAUGCUUCAAGACAAUGAAGAAGACGAAAAUGAUGGAAACACCUGUAUUAUAAAAGUACAGACAACAAACAAGAAGACCAUAACUGCAUCUGUUAAACGAGAUGAAAACUUUAAAGUUGUUUUGGCGAAAUGUGCUCAGGAUCUGAAUGUCGAAGAGUCAAAAAUUAAAUUGUAUUUUGAUGGUGAAUUAGUUACAUUAACAGAUACUCCCGACUCAUUAGAUAUAGAAGAUGAAGCUUGUUUCGAUCUUCGAUUAUCGUCCUAGGCAAUUAUUCUUAUUUUUAUUAAAAAAGACUUAUUAAAAAAUUAAUCUGUUUGGUAAAUAGUUUUUCCUAAGUUAUUAUAAUUAUAUGAAAAAUGUAUUAUUAUAGUCAAAGUAAGUGAUAAAAUACUUGUAUGUUUAAUACUUAAGCUGUGAAAGAAAAUAUAUAUGACAUAAUAUAUCUACCAAAAAACAUUUA